AUGCCAUCGAAAUUUGUGCGUUAUCGUUCUAUAGUGCCAGUGGUUAGUCAAGAAGCAGUGGAGAAUAGCUAUUGCUGGGAUACAUUUUUGGAAAAAGUGUUAGCAAAGUUGGAUCGAUCUGGCGAUGUGAAUCCACGUUGUCCUGCAUAUGUUGUUCCUGUGGAAUAUUUUUAUCAAGCACAGUUUGCUGAAUAUAUGAAGUAUAUUGAUACAAGUGUUAAAAUUGAGGUGGCAUUAUGCGGUGACUAUGGUUAUAAUGCUGGACCUGUGAAGUUGUACUGGUUUGCUCGAGUAAUGAAAGUUGCGGGUUAUCGUUUAUUGCUUCGGUACGAAGGAAUGGAUGAAGUAGGUGAUAAUGCGCAUGAUUUUUGGGUCAAUAUUAGUUCUGAAGAUAUUAGACCUAUCGGCUACUGCGCAGAAAAAACUGAAACUCGAGCUUUGGUGCCGCCAGAAUCAAUUCAUGAACGACAGUCGAAUUGGCGACAAUACAUCCUUUGUCAAAUACAUGCUUAUAGAACCAUUGCUAUUAAUUGGCCAGAAAUACAAAUUCGAAAAUUAACUGCGUGUAAAUUCAAGAAGGGCGAUCAUGUGGAACUGCUGGAUUCAACAAUUUCUUUAAGGGUCCGUCCAGCAUGUGUAGAAAAAGUGAUUGGUACUCGAAUACAUGUGCGUAUAAGCCAAAUCUUUUUUGAUCGAUAUAGAACUAAUGAUGAUGACAGUCAGAUUAAUGAAGGAGUUUGGAUGGAUCAAGAUUCGCCAUUAAUCUUCCCCGUUGGAUGGGCGCUGAAAGUUGGAUAUAAGUUGGAAGCAAAUGACGACUAUAUCAAGCAUGCAAAAGAAAAAGCAAAUGACAGCGAAUAUGAAAAACAUGAAAAUCCAUCUCCGUCGAAAAUGUGUAUUAAAACAGAAGCUGCAGAUGAUAUUAUGUGGGAAAAAGGAAUGAAAUUGGAAGUACUCGAUCCGCUAGAUACAUGGAAAGAAUUACGAGUAUCAACUGUUAUGGAAGUUAUGAGCGAUGGUUUUCUCAAAAUUGGUUUUGACGGUGAUGAAAUGGAAAGUGAUCCGGUGCCAAUACAUUCCAGCUCAGAGCUACUAUUCCCUGUCGGUUAUGCACAAAAAUAUGGAAUAAGAUUAAAGGGACCAAAAAAUACAGGACUUUUUGACUGGACUGUUUAUUUGAAGAAAUGCAAUGCUAUUGCUGCACCUGAAAAGCUUUUCAAUACAUUCAAUGAUGACGUCUUGAACGAUUUCAAGAUUGGAGCAAAACUGGAAGCGACUGAUAUGUGUGAACCACAUUUGAUAUGUCCAGCGACGGUAGCAGGUCACCAUGGACGACUUCUGCGAAUCGAAUAUGAUGGAUGGGCUAGUAACUAUGAUCAAUUAUUUGAUUAUAGAUCAGCGAACAUUUUUCCCCUUGGAUGGUGUGAAAUGUAUGGUUAUAAACUGGAAGCACCGAGGGUUUCGCAUGCGCCGAAGAAAAAAAGGAAGAAAAUAUGCAAGGAUAACGUUGAGAAGGAUAUUUCCGCUUGA